GGCGGAAGGGGCGGGGAGGCCGGCGGCCGCGAGCGAACCGGGGUGGCCCUGCGGGAGGGGAUCAAUGGCGGCGCUCUAGGUUGGGCUGUGCGUCUCGCUGUAACGGGCCACCGGGCCGCGCCUGUUCCACAAUGGAUGGAGGAGAUGGUACUGCUGACCUCGUGAUUAACAAGAGGUUUGUGUCUGAAGCGGAGCUAGAGGAACGGCGAAAGAGAAGGCAAGAGGAAUGGGAAAAGGUCCGAAAACCUGAAGAUCCAGAAGAAUGCCCAGAAGAGGCAUAUGACCCACGUUCGUUGUACGAAAGGCUUCAGGAGCAGAGAGAAAAGAAGCAGCAGGAGUUUGAGGAGCAAUUUAAGUUCAAAAAUAUGGUAAGAGGCUUAGAUGAAGAUGAGACACACUUCCUUGAUGAGGUUUCUCGGCAGCAAGAGCUAAUAGAAAAGCAACGAAGAGAAGAAGAGCUGAAAGAACUGAAUGAAUACAGAAUAUCUCUCACCAAAGUGGGAGUCAGUACGGACCCAAAGAAGGAAACUGAGAAGAAAUUGCCCAUGAAGUCAGUGGAAAACAAGAACAAAUUCUCUCAGGCAAAGCUGUUGGCAGGAGCUGUGAAACACAGAAGUAAUCAAGUGGCUGCUUCUGAGGAGCAAGACAAUUCCUUAUUUGUUCACAGUUCGGAUGGUGGUAACAGCGUGAAGAGGUUGAAACUAGACACUGACCAUGAUGAGAAGAACCAAGAAAAACCAUCCGGUGUUCCCUUGGGGAGCAGCUCAGUGGGAGGCUCCACAGUCCACUGUCCCUCAGCAGCAGUGUGCAUCGGGAUCCUGCCUGGCCUGGGCGCCUACUCGGGAAGCAGUGAUUCGGAGUCCAGCUCGGAUAGCGAAGGCACUAUUAACUCCACUGGAAAGAUCGUCUCCUCUGUCUUUCGUAGCAACAGUUUCUUUGAUGGUCCAUAACAAAAUCCCUCCAUGUGUAAUGUAGUGCAGAGUAUCUUCCAAAGCUCUGGUGGAUGCUUGAUGCAUCCUUCUGCCCCAAAUAUAAUCUUCCUAGCUAACCUUUCAACUUUAAACCUUGGUACCCUCAGAUUCUUCUAAAACAACCCAUUGAAUCCUCUUUUUCUUUUUUUCUUUUCUGUUUUUUUUUUCCUUCUCUCUCUCCCAGCUUUUCAUUUCUGGGGUGCAUACUGAGCCUGAGAGAAAGGUUGCCACCCUAAACCAGAGGGCACACCUACUAGUGUAAUCAAGGUCUGGGGAUAGGGAGGAGAAGGCCUUAUCUUUUAAAUUUCUUAAGGAAAGCAAACAUUCUCCUGGUGAUCUAAGAAGUUUGUACAAGACUAACAGGCAAAAAAUAUUCACUUGAAGCACUGAAGUCUUGUAGAAACAGCCAUGUGUUCUGUUUUAAAAUGUCAUUUUUAUUCUGUAUUUGAGAAAUGGGGGCAGAAUAAAAAUCAAGCAGAUGGUGAAGUGUAGAUUGCCAUGACACUGUAAAGAAGUUUUAGUGUUACAUGAUUAAAGACAUUCUGAAUGCA